ACACUAUAGCCCUCGCUAUGGAUUGUAUGUAUUUAUUCAUGUGCUUUUCACUCAGUCAAGUAUUUUUGGAUCAUAUUUUCGCUGCAGAAACACAUGAAAAACUCUCUGGAAAGUUAAGUGAAUAUGGUCUUAUCGUGCCAUUCAGCACAGACUCCCAUGGCCGGUACAUUUCUCACGUGGUCUCUGCUGGAAGUGGAAGUAAAGGUGGUUGUGCAGCUGCUGCUCCUGAUGGUGCCUCCUCAAACUUUGGCAGCAGAAGAAGGGCGGCCCGCAGUGCCCCCGAGAUGCCCUCGGUCACCUCCGCCCCGGCUCAGCACUUGUUUUUCAAUGUCACUGUGUUUGGGAAAGAACUACACCUCCGUCUGAGGGCCAACAGGAGGCUAGUGGCCCCGGGGGCUUUUGUGGAAUGGCAGGAGGACUUUGUGGAAAAGGCCAAGGAACAUAUCCACAGGGACUGUGUUUUUACUGGAGAUGUGAGUGACAUGCCAGAAGCCUCUGUGGCUAUCAGCAAUUGUGAUGGACUGGCCGGUCUGAUCCGGACUGAUAAUGGGGAGUUUUUCAUUGAGCCCCUCGAGAAGGGCCAACAGGAUGUGGAAGUGAAGGGGCGUGUCCAUGUGGUCUACCGCAGGUCAGCCAUCAAACGUGAGACGGGCCAGCGGAGGGAGGACCUCCACAAUGAAGUGGUAGACUUCGGGAUCGCAAAGCUCCCAGCGGCUCUGGAUCUCGUCGAACAUAAACUUUCUGAGUCGGAGCGCAAGAGGAGGCACGCGAAGAAAGACGACUACAACAUUGAGGUGCUGCUGGCUGUGGACGACUCUGUGCUGCGCUUCCAUGGCAAGGAGCAUGUGCAGAAUUAUGUUCUUACACUCAUGAACAUAGUUGAUGAAAUCUACCACGAUGAAUCUUUGGGAACCAACAUCAACAUUGUUCUUGUCCGCAUGAUAAUGGUCGGGUACCGACAGUCUAUAAGCUUGAUUGAGCGUGGCAACCCAUCCCGCAGCCUGGAGCAGGUGUGCCGAUGGGCCAACACGCAGCAGCGCCGCGACCCCGACCACUCCGAGUACCACGAUCACGCCAUCUUCCUCACAAGGCAAGAUUUUGGUCCCGCAGGUAUGCAAGGUUACGCUCCGGUUACAGGGAUGUGCCACCCACUGAGGAGCUGCACUCUGAACCACGAGGACGGCUUCUCCUCUGCCUUUGUGGUUGCUCAUGAAACCGGCCAUGUGCUAGGCAUGGAGCAUGAUGGCCAGGGAAAUCGUUGCGCUGAUGAGACCAGUAUGGGCAGCAUCAUGGCUCCACUUGUCCAAGCAGCUUUCCACCGCUAUCACUGGUCACGUUGCAGCAAGCAGGAGCUCAAUCGAUACAUCCACUCCUAUGACUGCCUGCUGGAUGAUCCCUUUGAACACAAGUGGCCCAAGCUUCCUGAGCUCCCUGGAAUAAAUUAUUCAAUGGACGAGCAGUGCCGCUUUGAUUUUGGUGUUGGUUACAAAAUGUGCACUGCUUUUCGAACCUACGAUCCUUGCAAGCAACUGUGGUGCAGUCACCCUGACAACCAGUACUUUUGUAAAACCAAAAAAGGUCCUCCGGUGGAUGGAACAGAGUGUGCUCCAGGAAAGUGGUGCUUCAAGGGCCAUUGCAUCUGGAGAUCCAGCCAGCAGCCCCAGGGCCACGAUGGGAGUUGGGGCUCCUGGUCAAAGUUUGGCUCUUGCUCCAGAACAUGUGGGGGUGGAGUUCGCUCCCGCAACAGACAGUGCAACAACCCUCCGCCUGCCUACGGCGGUCGAGAUUGCCCUGGCUCUGCUUUCGACUACCAGAUGUGCAACACAGAGGAGUGUGCUGGCACUUACGAGGACUUCCGUGCUCAGCAGUGCAUCCAGAGGAGCAACAAAUACCACAAAAACAUCAAGCACACCUGGCUACCGUAUGAGCACCCAGAUGAGGCCCGUAAGUGUGAGCUGAGCUGCAAGUCAAAGGAAACAGGGGAGGUGGUGUUCAUGAACCAGGUGAUGCAUGAUGGGACCCGCUGCAGCUAUUCAGACCCCUUCAGCGUGUGCGCUCGAGGAGAGUGUCUGCAUGUAGGCUGCGACAAGGAGGUCGGCACUUACAAACAAGAGGACAAAUGUGGAGUGUGUGAAGGGGACAACUCCCACUGUCGCACUGUGAAGCUGACACUCACCAAAACACCCAAAAAGAACGGAAUGCUGAAAAUGUUCGACAUCCCAAUAGGAGCCCGCCACAUAGUUAUCGAAGAGAACGAGACCUCCCCUCAUAUAAUUGCUGUGAAGAAUCAAGUUACUGGAAACUUCAUACUCAAUGCAAAAAGUGAAGACGCUGAAUCAAAGACCUUCAUCGAAAAUGGUCUACAAUGGGAGUAUUCCAUCGAUGGUGAGAAGGAGACCCUGAAAACAUCUGGUCCUCUGCAUGAAGGCAUUGUAGUGCUGGUAAUUCCCCAGGAAGAAGACGCGAAGAUCAGCUUGACAUAUAAGUAUAUCAUACAUGAGGACCUGUUACCGCUUAUUACCAACAACAAUGUUCUUCUGGCUGAACUUGACACUUAUGAGUGGGCACUGAAAAGCUGGUCUCAGUGCUCCAAACAUUGUGGGGGAGGCAUACAGUACACAAAAUAUGGAUGCAGAAGGAAGAGUGACAGCCGUUUGGUUCAUCGUAACUUUUGUGAAACCAGCAAAAAGCCCAAACCCAUCCGGAAACGCUGCAAUGUCCAAGAGUGCAGCCAGCCCACGUGGGUGGUGGAAGAGUGGAGUCCCUGCAGUAAAACCUGCGGGAAGCUCGGCUACCACACCAGGGUGGUGCAGUGCAUGCAGGCGCUCCACAACGGCACCAACAGGCCUGUCCACAGCAAACACUGCACUGAGGAUCGCCCAGAGACCAGGAGAGCCUGUAACCACACAAUAUGCCCCGCCCAGUGGAGGACAGGGGCAUGGUCUCAGUGUUCGGUGACCUGUGGCGAGGGGAUUCAGCAAAGACAGGUGGUUUGCAAGGCCAGCGACAACACCAUUGGCGAAUGUGAGGGCGAGAAGCCAGAAACAGUCCUCAUUUGCAAACUCAGUUCUUGUCCAGGACAGCCAGUGUCAUCUCUUGACAUCGAAACAAUGGAUAACUCCUCAAUAAAAGACGAAGCUGUACACCAAAGGGCUCCUGAAAACCCUGUCCACAAAAUCUCUUCAAAUGAGCCAUGUCUGGGGGAUAAAUCUAUUUUCUGUCAAAUGGAGGUUCUUGCACGUUACUGUUCCAUUCCUGGAUAUAAUAAGCUUUGUUGUGAGUCUUGCAACAAGAAAGACAACCUUGACACACAUAGUCCUGACUUCCAAAACACACCAGUGUCCUCAUUGGAAACUGAGACCUCCACUCCUUCUCACCCUGCAUCACCCAAGGCUCCCGCAUCCACUACAACCCAGAGCCCGCCGCAAACCACUAAAGCCAUUGGCAGACGGCUUCGCUCCACUGCCCCGGUGCCAACCACGGCUACCGCUGCUGAAGCCUCUCCAUCGACGGGUGCUGCUCUGACCCAGGGUCCCACCAGCGACUCCUUCCUCACAGCUGCAAAGGGAGACUUACACACGGGGCCUCUUCUACCUCCAGGGCCGACACGGCCCACAGCAGCCUCCAGUGGAGGUGCCUCUGAAGAGCACAGUCCAAACAGCACUUUAGGCCCAGUUGCUGCCAGGUCAAGAAGGGACAAUUUAGGAUCCGAGAGGGACUCGAGUCACAGAACCCUGUCAGCUCAGAAAUGAACAGUGAGCGAUGUUGUGAACGUGCUGGGCAGUGAGUCUCAUACAUCAGCUCACCCUUUGAAGCAUCCAAUAGACUCGCAGUCUCGCUGCAGAUAUUUUAUUUCUUUUUUACAAAGAUUUUUGUUUUUCCAUGCCAGUGAACUUAGACCAGACCAGUGAUGGUUACCUCAUCAAAACUCCGGAGUGAUCCGUGUGCAGCGGCGCUCUGCCCUCUGUGCUUCAAAUAUGAAACGGGAAAAAAAAGUUGUCAGGUGCUGUAAACUAAAACUACAAGACGUGUUCAAAAUGUGAUGACUGCAUUGCUACAUUCAUGUUUUUAUCUGUGUACACUUGUGUAAGCCUGUUUUUUCAAGUGCAUUAGAACUACUAUUGAACUUGUUUUGUGAACAUGUGAGGAGAGGUCAAAGGCCAUGGUUUUGGAGGUGCACGUGUCAACUAUGGAGACUAGAGUGUGCCACCAGAAAAAUUAUAGACCCUGCCAGUGGUCACUUAUAAUCAAUUAAUAUAUUGCUAAGUUAAAAAAUAUUUAUUACAUUUUAAUGAUGCACUGAAUAAAGCAAAGUCAAUUUGCAGAUGUAUAAUUUGAAUUUCUUAUUCUGUUUUAAGAAUUAAUAGAAUUUUAAAAUAUAAUUGCAAAAAUAUUUUUAAAAAAGCUUUUAAAUUGUAUUUCUUUUAUUCCAUUUACUAAUGUUUGUCAUAAUUCAUUGUCUGCUACACUUUCCAUUUCGUGAUUCCUGUGGCUCAUGUGCUCAGCCAAGGGUUCAAAGUAAAAAAAUGCACCUAUUUGUGCCUCAAAGGCUCACUAAUUACAUAAUUUUAUAUCAUGUUUCUUUAAUCUAUAUGCAAACUUAUGUAAAAACAGUUUUUGGUUUGGUCGUCGUCACCAAGAAAUAGCUACUGCCCCUAAAACCAACAUUUUUAGGUUUUUUGUUCACAGUUUUUAGAGGUGUUGAUAGAUGUAUUUCUUCACUUUGGAACAUCCCCUUGUUUCCAGUCUUUAUGCUAAGCUAGGCUAAUCACUUCCUAGCUCGGGGCUUUACGUUUGCUGUACAGACAUGAGAUUGGUAUCAAUUCAGUUAAAUUAAAUCAAAUUCCAUGGGGCUGUUUUGACAUGGGAAACAGACAUAUAAAUUGCCAAAGCAAGUGUGAAAGAAAAACAUGUGCAUAAACAAAAUAAUCUUAUCAAUAAUAGCAUAUUUCCCAAAAUGUCCAAAUUGGUAUUUUAUUGAUAAUUUGUACUUAGAUUGUUUCAUUUCAGAUUAUUAAAAUGCAAAUGUAAUCAAUCAAUUCAUAAUGGCUUUUAAAAUGUAUCUAACUGAUUAUAAUAAAACACCUGUUAAGUCUAUAAUCAUUUCAGUGGCACACUCCAGACUCCAUGGUCAUCACUCCCGGCAGGGAGCUUCAUAGCUUCUCUGUCCCCGGUGCUCUUUUUUUUUGUUGUUUGUUCCCAAAUCCAACUACUGGUGAUUAUCAUCACUGGUAAAAAAAAUAAAUAAAUAAAUAAAAAAUCAUAACUGUUUGUAAGCCCACUCCACUUUAGCAUGCCCAGUGUCUGUUUUGGAUGUCAGUCACUUACGCUUUCAAAACAAAAAGAUACAUGAAAAAACUCAUUAUGUUAUUUUUUGUAACUGAUAUGUUUUUAGAUAAUAUGUAUAUAGUGUAAAUUUCAAGCAAUGAAAAGAAAUUGACAACCAGGAUUACAGAAAGUAUGUUGUAAUUGGAAAAUACCGGCGGUGCUGUAAGUCUGCAGCCUGUGGUUGGUCAUACUGUUACACCAUUCCUGCAUUGCAGUUCAUAACGUCAUUAUGUUUAUUGUAUAGUUCUUGUAUAUAAGUACGUGAAUGAAAGCUUUAAAUGUUAAUAUUUAUUGAAUUUUUAAGUGGUAUGGAAAACAAAGUAAAACAUGUUUGAAAGAACUGAAAUUCUUGUUAUUUCACAUGCUGUAUUUAGCAUACAUGUACUGUUGUUAUAUUUAGCUUUUGAGAUGUUUCUUACUUGGCUUCCUUUUAGUGGUACGACUAUGUGAAAAAACAUUUGUAAAAGCUUUAUUCUGCCUGAAUUGCGUCAUGUAGAUUUACUGUAUUUGAGUUGAGAAGAGGCACCUGGAAUGUCAUGUUACUAUUGAUGGCUGUUCAAAAUAUUUUUACAUUGUGAAAAUGGAAGCAAAAUAGACACAUUCAAGCACUUUAUUAAUUUUGU